AUGUCAAGCUCUGACCGCAAUGUCGUUUCAUGCUCGUCAUCAAACUCAAUUGAUCAACGUCUACCUCUACAUGAAAUAAAUCUUCUAGCUUCACCAGCAUCUCAACGUCUACAAGCAUUCAUGGAUGUUUAUCGUCAUAUUUCAACGUUCGAUAUUAAAUGGGAAACGAAUUUAAUUGCCAUUCCGGAAGCAUCACAUGAACAGAUUCAAAAUUUAAUUCGAAGAAAAUCGGAUUAUCCAAAAGUACAAGAAGCAUUACAAUCAAUGGAAUUAGGUGACGGUCCGUAUUUAGAAAUUACAAUCGAAGAUAAUCAAAGUGAUAAAUAUGCACAUGUCAUACUUGCACAUGGACGAACAAACACAGGUGUACGACGAAUAGCAAUAUGUGAAUUUCGACAAUGUAGUGGUAUUAGUGGAGGUGGUCUAAUGGGAACCAUGGCUGCAUGUGGUGUUAUUGGCUAUUUUAAUCCGGCAGUUGCUAUUCUAGCUUUUAUAGCAAAAGUAGCAGCUGACUAUGCUAUAUCAAAACAAGAUGUAUCAGUCAUUGUGGCUAUUAAAGAACUUGUACGUGCCGGUUUUCUACGACUGGAUGAGACAACUAUGCGAAUUCAAUUAGCAUAA